CACACAUGGCAAAGACCAGAUGUGCCAGGAAUCCGGUUUAAUCGGCUUUGCAAAGUUUGCACAGUUGUCAAACCCUAGCCAGUACGAUAUAUAUCAUGACGGAGGGGUCGCAGAAUAUAUUCGUGUUCCGUAUUGGCAAUUAGACCUACUUCCUGACAGUGUAUCGUUUGAAGCCGCUGCCAAAGCUCAUGAUGCUGGUGUCGCGCUUCAGGCUCUCAAGCUCGCAGACUUACCACCACACUCAACUGUGGUUGUAACAGCACCGACUGGGGCCAUGGGAGUCAUCACAGUACGACUGGCAAAACAAUUCGCCAUUUCCAAAUUGAUACUAAUUGGUCGUUCGCCCGAGCGAUUGGAGAAGGUGAAAACUAUCAGCACGGUCCCGACGGAAAUAGUAUCGCUUAUCGACCCCGACAUCGAUAUCGUUGACAGUGUGAGGAAGUUUGCACCACAGGGAGUUCAGGCGAUAAUCGACUACAUUCCAGUGGGAGACACUGUGAGUAAAUUGUUACCAGUCAUGGUUACUGGAGGAACUUUGGUGCACUUUGGAGGAAAUCCAACUCCACUCAAGGUCCCUAUGGGGGCCAUGAUGGCCAACUGCUGGCGACUCAUUAGUAGUCGUGGUAACGCAAGAGUCGAUACAAACCAAGCACUCAAAUUGCUUGCGGACGGCGAGCUUAAAAUUGACGAUCUCUUUACUCAUAAAUAUCCAUUCUCGGAUGCUGAGAAAGCAGUCGAUACGAUUGAAAAUCGAAGAGAGCCUAUGUGGCUGAGUAUUAUCCAUGUUUCAUAGGAAGAGAAGGUGAGAAAGAGAAUAGUUUUAAGCAGGCAUUACAAUCAUGUACAGCUCCCUACCUACCUACUUAGGUACUGGGGCGGACAGGCACUAAGCUCUUUAUCUCGCAUGAUCCAUAUCCC